UUAGUUUCCUGGCUCGGUCAUCCUCGCCACAGCUGAGGCGAAACAUGCUCAUGUUGUCGCUCGCAGUCUGUCGCCGUUGGCUACGAUAACAGAGGAUCAAUUGUAGCUACUUCUCGUCGCCAGUCCUGGACACAUAGCCAUGUCGCGCACGCACAGGUAGGGGGGAAAAAGAGUCUCGACUCGCGCGUAACGGAUGCUAGCAGCGCAAAAAACGAGAAAGUUUAUUUCGAGUGGAUAUCGAGUGGAAACCGCAACAGGUUUUUGUUAACGAGGAACAAUUACCCGAGUCCUGGAAGUUAAGCCACAACGUUGGAGACAGUCCCUGGCUCUAGAAACGUUAUUGGGCUAGGUUGCUAUGCAGACAAUCAGCUUUCGACUGAAGAAGAAAAGUCGAUAACUGCAACCGGGGACUGCGUUUUUUGGACUGUUGGAUUUAAAAGGAUUACGGAGAACAUCCGCUGUCAAUAACGGAAACCAGAACCGUAUAAGAAAUUGGCUUAAUCCUUCCUACAUGAGAUACGGAGCCAAUAUGAUGCCGAUGUUUCUCACCGUGUACCUCAGCAACAACGACAAGCAUUUCACCGAGGUGCCGGUUACCCCGGAGACGCUGUGUCGAGAUGUGGUGGACCUGUGCAAGGAGCCGGGCGAGAGCCACUGCUACCUGGCCGAGAUGUGGAGGGGCAGCGAGCGCGGGAUCUCGGAGGGCGAGCGCAUGAUGGACGUGCUGCAGCGCUGGGGUCAGCAGAGGGGAGAGGUGCGCUUCUACCUGCGCCACGACCGCGCCCCCAACACCACCGGAGGGCAGAGAGGCCCUGAGGUGCCUCCAAAGAGGAACAGCGUGAAGAACACUUCAGAGAGGAGGAUGGAGAAUGGGGUGACUCCACCCGCUGUCAACGCCACCCUGACUGAACUGCAGGAAAUGGCGUCACGGCAACAGCAGCAGAUCAACGCCCAGCAACAGCUCCUGGCCUCAAAGGAGCAGCGCCUGCGUUUCCUGAAGCAGCAGCAGCAGCAGCAGCAGAGUGAGCAGGAGAAGCUGCGUCUGCUGCGCGAGAACGCCGAGAACCAGGAGAGCAAACUCCGACGCGUACGCGCCCUCCGCGGACAGGUGGAGCAGAAGCGCCUCAGCAACAGCAAACUGGUGGAGGAGAUUGACCAGAUGACGGCGCUGUUCCAGCAGAAGCAGCGUGAGCUGGUGGUGGCCGUGUCGCGGGUGGAGGAGCUCGGCCGCCAGCUGGAGGCGCUGCGCAGCGGCAAGGUGGACGCGCCCGGCCCCGACGCGCAGGGUCAAAGUUCACAGGCCGCCGCCGACCUGGAGCGCCUCUACAAGGAGCUGCAGCUGCGUAACCGUCUGAAUCAGGAGCAGAGCUCCAAGCUGCAGCAGCAGAGGGACACGUUGAGCAAGCGGAACCUGGAGGUGGUUGCCAUGGACAAGCGCAUCGCCGAGCUGCGCCACCGGCUCUGGAAGAAGAAGGCCGCUCUGCAGCACAAGGAGAACCUGCCUCAGCCUCCUGCUGAGGGGCCCGUAUCCCAUCAUGCACUGGGCUCGCGGGUGGCGGCGGUUGAGCCCUACAUCCAGCAGAACCCCCCGGCUCCGCCCGUUCCGCCCCGACAGGAAGUCAUCAUCAAGCCGCGCCACCCGGACGGCACCGCCACCCUCCCCCUGCCCAACGGUCCAAUCAAAAGCCAGCCGAGACUGCCCGCCAAACCACACGUUGGUAAAGGAAAGCUCUCGGACUGGUCCUCCUCGAGCGCUGACUCCACCGGUCACCAUGGUUACUCGUCCACCUUGCCCCGCAUGACCAGCCACCCCCCUCUGGAGCAAGACUCCGAUGCAGACCUGCGACCUCCUCCUCUGCCCUUGCGUAAAAACCAGAGCAACGAGGACCUCUUGAGGGACCCUCAGAAUGGCAAACCUCUUCCCAAGGUCCCUCCCCCUGUCCCUAGCAAGCCCAAAGCCCCUCCCCCUGCUCCUCCAUCCUCCUCCUCCUCUUCCUCCUCCUCCUCCUCUUCCUCGUUCUCCAGAUUCGCCACGGGCACCUUCCCUGGCAAAGCCCGCCCUGUGAACCACUCGUCGGGCUCCGACACUCUCCCUCCCUCGUCCUCUGGCCGCACCCUUCCCCUCCCCCUGCCUCCGAAGCCCAAGCCGGACCCCAACGGACCCUCCCUUACCCCUGCGGCCACCGUGCACCCCUUCACGCCCGACCCGCUGCCCUCCGGGGCAUCGACGACGACGGCAGCGAAGGAUCCUGCCGUCAGCGCCAACAACACGCCGCCGCUGUCGCGGCCGCAGAUCGUGGCAGCCAGCUCCAUCUACUCCAUGUACACGCAGCAGAGCACCCCGGGGGGCAAGGCCUUCAACAACGUUGGCGGGGGCACCCUGCCCAGGUCCCACCCCAGAGUGUAUGGAAAACCAGUCCUUCCAUCCUCCGGCGGGCAACAGCACAAUCUCUCUGACGGUUUCUACAGCGACCGCCCCUUUGCCACAGACACCGAGGUC